AUGUACGGGGACUGGCAAGAGUCGUUCAGGUUGCUGCCGGCGCUGGCUGCAAGGUUCAAGGAGAUAGAUCCAGCUGGAAACUUCAAGAUUCAGACAGUAGACGGCUGUUUCAACCGCAUGUACAUUCAGCCGUCCGCAUCACGCGGUGCACUUGGAGAGAACAAGGAUUCGUGGACCUGGUUCCUGCAACUCUUUAUGGAGAGCUUCCCGGAGUGGCCGCACCGUGAUGAUGCGUCCAUUAUCAGCGACCGUGACAAGGGCGUGAUUCCUGCUGCACGGGAUGUACUCCCGAUUGGCAUCCCUCACUACUUUUGUGCGUGGCAUCUCCAUCAGAAUGUUGUGAAGUUUGGUGAGGCUGCUGCUCUUUUCUAUUGGCAUCUUGUGAAAUGCAGGGACCGCGACAAAUGGGAUGCCUUGGUCGCAGCAUGCCGCCGUGACUUCGAGCAAAUGGCGAACUAUCUCCUCGUCAUCGAGAAGCCGGCCACGGUUCCAUCACCGGCGGAUGCUAAUGAACCGCAACGUCCCGCUCCCACAACAACAGCCGAAGCACGUCAACACGCAGCCGAAAACCGCCGACAGGGUCGUGAAGCAGCCCGUGCUGCCAUGGGUCGCGCCACCACUUCACGGGCGCAUGGGCGUGGGGCGGGUGCCGCGAGCGGGCCGGGAGCCACUGCGACUGAACCUGGACCUGCACCGACUGCAAGCACUUCUGCCCCUAUGGAGGAGCCGGCCGAGUGCCCUGCCACGAACGAGCCGCCCAGUCCAUACGGACGGACCCGCCACGUGCAACAGGAUCAUGCGGAGACUCUUGCCAAGGGGGAGCGGAGCAGCCUGGGGGGGGGAAACACAUGCCAGGCAUUGGUCGUCGUCACUCUCGACCACCCGUGGCCAGAUGUCGGUUUGGGCAACCCCCGGGUUAACCUUGAAGCCGACAUUGAGGAGGACGACGUGGAGGAGGCAGAUGCAGAGGAGGCCGGAGCAGCGGAUGCGGAUGACCCAGCCACAACAGAGGGGUACCAGGCUGCCGCUGAUGAGUUCCCUGAUGACACUCGAGAGGCCGGUAUCGCGGCUGGGGACAACACUACACGUGUCCGUACCGGGUUUAGGCAGAACAAGCGUGGUACCAGAAAGAAGUUGGGCAUCAACCUCGUCCACUGGACUCGCAUUGAGGCCCCAACCCGACGCUUCAGGAUCUUCACGAGCAACGCGGCCGAGCAGGUCAACAGCUCAAUCAUCCCCAUCCGUCGCGUGCCGGUCACCCCUCUCCUCGGGGGUCUUUGGGACUGGUAUCAGGAUAGGUAUUGUGAACGGAAGAUGGCUGCUGGGGAGAGAACUGCUCUACUGACGGAAGCGGCAGAGGAGCGGAUGGUGCAGAAGGGGACACGGGCCGAGGGGUACGAGCUAUUGGGUGGGGAUCUAAAGGAAGGAACCAUCCAGACCACGGACACCGAUGAUCCCAAGGAAUGGAGGUCCUUCAACGUCAACAUCGCAGCGCCGACAUGCGACUGCUCAAAUUGGGACCAGUACCAGUUCCCGUGCUCCCAUGCCGUGGCCUUAGCAGUGAGGCACAAGCUUGAACCGCGCACCCUCGUCUCCGACUUGUACACCACGAAGAACUGGGCGGAGACGUAUUCUUCAACGGUGCGGGGUUCCUGUGUGGACCGCAUCGUCCUUGGGAGGAAGCUGGCAGCACCAGGCGUGUGCGAUGCUCCACCCUUUCGACGCACGGCUGCCGGCCGCCCGCCGAGCUACGCUCGCUUCGAGAAGGCUGUGCAUCCGUACAAGUGCAGCGUUUGCCAUCUCCACGGUCACAACAAGAACCGCUGCAUGGGCAAGUAUGGUGGCAGCGCAUACCCGGCGAAGAGGAGGUACCGUAAGCGCCCAAAGGGUCGAAAGUCCUAUCGCAAGUCAGCACCUUUUGCGGGCACUAUUUGA